AGUUAUUAGCUGGAGCUGACGGCUAACAACACAACAAAUUGAGGAAGCUAACGGCUAACAGUGCAAGAGAGCAAGCUAUUUUACGCAAUACUUAACUAUAUUGGGUUUUUGUUCACACCUGUCGUCAUUUGUUAUUUCAAUUUAAGGUAUGGCUGCAGACUGGUUAGGAAGUUUGGUGUCCAUAAACUGUGGAGCGACACUUGGGGUCUACCAGGGAGAAGUUUCUUCUGUCGAUCAAACCAGCCAGACCAUCUCUCUCAGGCAACCUUUCCACAAUGGGGUCAAGUGUCCUGUUCCAGAGGUUACUUUCAGUGCCAUCGAUAUUAAGGAACUUAAAAUUCUAGACAUCCGAUAUGGGAAGACACAGAAGGGUUGCAUGUCAGCCUCCAACAGUGCCCCAGUCCCGGUGCCAAAAGGUGAUAAAAAGAAUGUGGAGCACGGCAACUCUCCGCAGCUUUGUUCUAAAAGCUACGGAGAACGUCACCUAGAUGUUCCUGGUCAGCACAAGGGAUUCAGACGAAGACAUAACUCAUGGUCAUCAAGUAGUCGUGGCGUAAAUCAAGUCACGCCAAAAAAGAACGGGGCGAAAAACGGUGUGAGCCAGAUGAAGCAGCGUGACGACGAGUGUUUCGGCGACGGUAUGGACGACGGCCUGGACACAGAUUUCGACUUCGAAGGGAACUUGGCCCUUUUCGACAAAGCAGCCGUUUUCUCGGAGAUCGACAUAUCGGAGCGGCGUAAUGGCGCCCGGUCGGUUGGUACCCCGCAAGAGCAGACGCCCUCACGGUAUCGCCACGAUGAAAACAUAUUAGAGGCCAAACCGGUGGUGUACAGGCAGAUAGCGGUGACUCAGCCUGGGGCCAAAGAAUAUUGCACUGAUUCUGGACUGGUGGUGCCGAGCAUAACUUAUGAUCUACGCAAGCGCCUGUUGUCUGCUGCUGAACGUCAUGGCCUCUCAUUAGAGAGGAGACUGGAGAUGACUGGAGUGUGUGCCAGUCAGAUGGCGCUGACUUUACUGGGGGGACCAAACAGAUUCACUCCCAAGAAUUUACACCAGCGACCCACGGUGGCGCUGCUGUGUGGGCCUCAUGUUCAGGGGGCUCAGGGAAUCAGCUGCGGACGUCACCUGGCCAAUCACGAAGUGGAGGUCAUCCUGUUUCUGCCAAACUUUGUCAAGAUGCUGGACGCCGUGACCAGCGAGCUCACGCUCUUCAACAAGACAGGAGGCAAGCAAGUGUCCAAUAUCAAAGACCUCCCUGGGACUCCAGUGGACCUCAUCAUCAGCUGCCUGGACUGCCAUGAGAACACAUUCCUGAUGGACCAGCCCUGGUACAGAGCAGCCGCGGACUGGGCCAACCGCAACCGAGCGCCGGUGCUAAGCUUGGAUCCACCAGUUAGUGGGCAGGGACAAGCCAUCGAGGCGAAGUGGUCCCUCUCCCUCUGCCUUCCCCUCGCGCUGGCUGAAGGGGCCGGCAGGGUUUAUCUGUGCGACAUAGGGGUCCCACGUCAUGUGUUUCAGGAAGUGGGGAUCAAAUAUCAUUCACCAUUCGGCUGCAAAUUUGUCAUUCCUCUGCACUCUGCGUAACAUACAGGGACCGUUCCGGACUGGGAGUUCUAUUCCAAAUAACCAGACAUCUUUUUUUUUUUUCUUUCCUGAAAACACACCGUCCGUGGGCGCAUGCUCGCCUCAUGUGCGUGUUGACUCUGACAAUCCAUCAACGAAAACAGCCGUUUUUGACUCACGCUGGUCCUUAGUUUCGAAACUGAAAUCAACGUGUGACGUUAAAUGCGUGGAAACCUUUGGCAGGAAAGGCAGUGAUCCAGCUUCACUCAUGCCAUUUUUGUAGCACUUACCCUCAGAUGAGUACAUUUUUUUAAACACUAAUCUGAACAAAUCACUUCCUGCUUGCAGUGCUAUAAGCGUUUAGAACACAACAGAAGUGAGAGUGUGGGCAGCUAAUGGGACAAAUCCGGACGCAUCUGGUGAAUCUGGCCUGUUGUGGUGGGGGGGAGAACAGGCCUUGACACAUUCGUAAUUAAGUCCACACUUAAAGUGGUGACUUAAUUAAAUAUAUAUAUUUUCAAAUGUAUACAGCUGUGAAGGGCCUUAACUCUAUGUUUGUGUCAUCACAAUUUUUCACUGACUUAACAAAGACGGCUGCUUUGUUUUCAGCUAGUAUUCGUCUCAAAAAUGCUUGGCGUAGACUUGGUGAACCCCAUGAAGCCCAUAAACAUCAAUCCAAUGACUUGGACUUGCAUAUCCAUUAUGAGUCAAAACGGUGGCGUAGGUUUUUGGUCGGAACUUGAAUGAUGACAACACGAUUGGAGACCUCACGUUGUUUCUCGGUGGGUUUUAAUUGACUGUUCAUAGGAUUUCUUUUUUGCCUGAAGUCAUUUGGUUACCUGUUACUGAGCCCACGAUUUCACUUGUUGAAUGGUUUCCUCUUUCCAACCCAUGAGUGGUGGAACCAUCUGCUACUGUAGCUCUUCUGUGGUCGUUUUUUUUUACGUUUUGUUUUUAAUUUUUAAUUUUAAUUU